AUGUCCGGGCAGGCUAAGGCCGUCCGGGACCAUGAGGCUUCACCUUGCAUUCCGGGCAUAGUCUUGUCCUGCUCCAAGGAGUUACUUCGCGUUCGGCAGUUGUCCCCCCAGGAUUCGCCCAACUGGCACAGCAUCGGCCAUAAUGAUCUUCGCCUCCAGAGGCACAGCUGGCGCCACAAGGUCUCUGCAUGGGAGGCUUUAGGCGACCGGACAUUCGAUCUUCCGGUCGAUGCCCCCAAAUCCCCUGACACUGUCGCGGUCGACCUUCCCUCCCCACCUGCCGUCGCUGGCAGCAUUGCCAGCCCAUCGUCCGGCACUAUCGACGAGUCCCGGGAGAAGCGUAAGGAUAAGGGUAAGGGGAGUAGGAAGAGGAAAUCGCCCCUGAUUUUGGGACCCUCCUCCCAACCGCCGAAAUCCGCGAUGAAGAGUCGCAAGAGGGCAAAGUCAGCUCGGGUUGUGAAGUCAGCCGAGUUUGUGGAGUCCGAGGACGAACCUGUGGACAAGGAGGGCCGGUCGUCUUACUUCAUCGUCUCACCUCAGUCUCGCCCCUGGAUCCCCAAGAAGAGACCUUUCGGCCCUGCGAAGGUAAUUGCCGGAAGGCGUGCGGACGUCGCCGGGCAGACGGACUCGACGUCCAACACCCCUGUGGUCACCCCGCUGGUGGCACCAACUGUCAUCGAUGGCCCUGCUGGAAGCCCUCCGGAGGUCGUCGAGCACUCGGACUCGGCGUCCAAUACCCCUGCGGUCACCCCGGACGUGGCGCCAACUGUCAUUGAUACAGAUGACAUUCUCAUUCCCGGACCUGAGGACUGGGAAAGGCCUUCUCUCCUGUGUUUUCUGCAACACAAAGAAGGUAAAGUGUUUUUCCGUCACCCUUGGAAGUCCACCAAAACAGUCGUGAGGGCCUGGACCCGCAGCCAAUCUCGUGGUGUAGCCGGAGCUACCGGUGCUGGUGCUGCCGGAACUGCCAGUGGGUCUGCUGCGACCGUGCCUAAGACGCGCAGUCGCAGCAAGACAAUAACUGCUGUCAAGGCACCCGCCCCACCACCUACACCCUCACCUGCACCAGCUCCAAUUGCAUCUUCGAGUGCCUGCAUGCCUCGUGUGGCUCUCGACGUCCCUAUGCCGGACCUCCAUUCCAUGGCAAGAAGUAUUCGCGAUAGUGCCGAACGCAUCAAGGCUCUCGAGGAUCUUGUUGCCGAGCAGGGCAGCCGUAUCGAUACCCUCAGCAGGCUCCAUGAGAGCCUUCGACGCCAAACCAUGGAACCCCAUCCCUCAUUUCCCCUUCCCACCACUCCGGCAAUUGCAACGUCUUUGUUGCUUGAUCAAUCCGUCGCUGGAACAACGUCACCCUCCCAAUCCGCACUCCCUCCUCUCAUUGAUAUUUCGAUUGCAGUGGAGCCCACACCCUCGAAAAUUGAGGAUCGCUCUGCCAUCGAGGGUCUUUCAUUUGAGCCGAGCCAAGUUCAACCAGCCCCGGACCCAUCACCUACUCCCUCAACUGCCGGAGCAAUUUUGGUGCCGGAUGAUCCACACAACCUUGUCCCAGAAUACGACUCUGGUGAUGAGAUGGAUGUUGAGGUGAAGGUUGAAGUUGAAGGUGGUGAUGAGGGUCAUCUGGUCAAGGUUGAAGGUGAAGGUGAUGAUGAGGGUCAUCUGGGCGAGAAUGAAAUCGAGUUCCGGGUAACUAAUACUGACGUCUGGGUAACUCAUGCCGAUGUCCGGGUAACUGAUAUUGAUAUCUGGGUAACAUCCAACGACGUCCGGGCAACUGGUAUCGAGUUCCGGGUAACAUCCAUCGAUGUCCGGGUAACUGAUAUUGACAUCCGGGUAACUGAUAUUGAGUUCCGGGGAUGUCUUAAAUUGGACAAAUGA